AUGCUUUUUUCUAACACUGAACUGGAUCACAUAAUUGAAAUAAGUUUUAAUGAUGUAAGUAUUGAAUUUUCGCUCGCUCGCCAAUGGCGAUUAGUGUCCUGCUCGGGCGACCAAAAGUUGUCAAAAAAAUGUUCAGGUGUCCCUUUUGUUGAAGUUGUUUCAGUUCUGAAGUUGGCGUACUUGGACACAGCAAAAAAAAAGCAUGGAGUCUCUCGGUUCACUAUUGACCUAGCCUGGAAAAUGUUGGAGAAAGUGAAGAGAGAUAAUGAUAGAAAGGAAUUUAUAUUGCAUACCAAAAAAGUCUUGCUGUUUAAGAAUGAAUGUCAAAAAAGCAUAAAAAAUGGACAAUUCAAAAAGAAAAUGAAUGAAAAUGUCAAUAUGGAUGGGAGACAGAGUAACUACACAAAUUGUCGAAGGAAUAUCUCAAGCAAGGGAACAGAACAUUUAUACAAAUGUGAUGUCUGUGGUAAGGGGUUUAGUCGGGUACCUCACCUACAGUCACACCUCAGGACACAUACAGGAGAGAAGCCCUACAAAUGUGAAGUCUGUGGUUAGGGGUUUAGUGUGGCAUGUAGUCUACAGAAACACCUCAGGACACAUACAGGAGAGAAGCCCUUCAAAUGUGAUGUCUGUGGUAAGGGGUUUAGUGUGGCAUCUAACCUACGUUCACACCUCAGGACACAUACAGGAGGGAAGCCCUAUACAUGUGAUGUCUGUGGUAAGGGGUUUAGUGUGGCAUCCAACCUACAGUCACACCUCAGGACACAUACAGGAGAGAAGGCCUACAAAUGUGAUGUCUGUGGCAAGAGGUUUAGUUUGGCACAUCACCUACAGUCACACCUUAGGGCACAUACAGGAGAGAAGCCCUACACAUGUGAUGUCUGUGGUAAGGGGUUGAGUCGGGCAGAUAUCCUACAGAAACACCUCAGGACACAUACAGGAGAGAAGCCCUACAAAUGUGAUGUUUGUGAUAAGAGGUUUAGUCAGGCAUCUAGCCAACAGAAACACCUCAGGACACAUACAGGAGAGAAGCCAUACAAAUGUAAGAUCUGUGGUAAGGGGUUUAGUGUGGCGCAUCACCUACAGACACACAUCAGGACACAUACAGGAGAGAAGCCAUACAAAUGUGAUGUGUGUGAUAAGGGGUUUAGUGAGGCAGGUAGUCUACAGAAACACAUCAGGACACAUACAGGAGAGAAGCCCUACAAAUGUGAAGUCUGUGGUAACGGUUUUAGUGUGGCAUGUAGUCUACAGAAACACAUCAGGACACAUACAGGAGAGAAACCUUACAAAUGUGAUGUCUGUGGUAAGGGGUUUAGUAUGGCAUCUAACCUACAGUCACACCUCAGGACACAUACAGGAGAGAAACCCUACACAUGUGAUGUCUGUGGUAAGGGGUUUAGUGUGGCAUCUAACCUACAGUCACACCUCAGGACACAUACAGGAGAGAAGCCCUACAAAGGUGAUGUCUGUGGUAAGUGGUUAAGUGUAACAUCAAGCCUACAGACACACAUCAGGACACAUACAGGAGAGAAGCCAUACCAAUGUGAUGUCUGUGGUAAGGGGUUUAGUUGGACAGACAUCCUACAGUCACACCUCAGGACACAUACAGGAGAGAAACCCUACACAUGUGAUGUCUGUGGUAAGGGGUUUAGUGUGGCAUCUAACCUACAGUCACACCUCAGGACACAUACAGGAGAGAAACCUUACAAAUGUGAUGUGUGUGGUAAGGGGUUUAGUCAGGCACCUCACCUACAGUCACACAUCAAGACACAUACAGGAGAGAAGCCCUACAAAUGUGAUGUCUGUGGUAAGGGGUUUAGUGUGGCAUCUAACCUACAGUCACACCUCACGCCACAUACAGGAGAGAAACCUUACACAUGUGAUGUGUGUGGUAAGGGGUUUGGUCAGGCACCUUACCUACAGUCACACAUCAAGACACAUACAGGAGAGAAACCUUACAAAUGUGAUGUGUGUGGUAAGGGGUUUAGUAUGGCAUGUAACUUACAGUCACACCUCAGGACACAUACAGGAGAGAAGCCCUACAAAUGUGAUGUCUGUGGUAAGGGGUUUAGUCAGGCACCUUACCUACAGUCACACAUCAAGACACAUACAGGAGAGAAGCCUUACAAAUGUGAUGUCUGUGGUAAGGGGUUUAGUGUGGCCUCUAGCAUACAGACACACAUCAGGACAUAUACAGGAGAGAAGCCCUACACAUGUGAUGUUUGUGGUAAGGGGUUUAAAAAUGCAUGUAACUUGAAAUCCCACCAGAGAUAUCGUAGAGAAAAGAAUUGCUGUUGA